AUGUACGGACCAAAGGCACUCAAUAAUCCGCCGUCCCGCGUCGCUAGCUCAUGGGUACCAGCUAGCGGAAGAGUGGUCAAGGCGAGACCCGAUAGAGAUGUUGGAGGAUGCGCGUCGCUGACCGGUGUUAGUCAAGACGCGGCACCUUUCUCUCGUGGAACAGAGUAUAGUUUAUUUAUUUAUACCAACAGAUUAGAGAAAUAUCAUAAUACCAGCGAUAGUGGCAGAGGUGGUAAAAAGAGCGAAAUCAGUACAUUUUUAAUGUAUGGUGUAUUGGUGUAUCGCGGAGAAAAUGUGCUAGUAAUAGAGUCAAAAACUCAGGACGGAUGCAGAGUACUGUUAAAUCGGGAGGACUUUAUUAAGCUUCAAUAUCUUGAAUGUAGUAUUUUUGAAAGUAUUGUACGGAAAGAAGUAAACACUGCUCCAUUAAUUACAAGACAGUUCGACGAUUUUGCAAUGUAUCUACAUGAGAAAUCUGCUCACCUUAAAUCACCACCGAAAAAUUUAGAAGAGAUGUUAAUAUUCAUUAAAAACGUACAAGACGAUCGAACGGAGAUAAUUUACCCAAACAUGAUCGGUCAAAUACAAAUGUAUGCAACCGUACAACUAGCUGAAACUGUAUUACAACAGUUGGCGCAUGAGUUACAAAAUGUUGAAAUGGAUACACCAAGCUAUUCGCCGGUCAGCAAUAUAUUCAGCAUGCACGACGUUUCAUCUGCACGUGAUGGAUUUAAUCAGCCUAAGGAUGAUAUUUUAGCUAAGGCACUAGAUCAUAUUGACGGACCUACAUGGACACCAGCCGAGAUUCGCAACCCGCAGGCAUGUGAGGUAAACGAUGGGCCUGAUUUUUUCUACCAAGUCAGGACACCAUCACCAUUUCAAUCGACUUACGCUCAACACCCAACACCAAUUCGACGUGUACAACGUCAAUUAUUUUAAUAUUUAUAGGAAAUUAACUAAUUUAUGU